AUGGCUGUUUCAUCUUCUUCUAUUUUGCUCCUUUUUCUUCUCUUUGCUUUUGCUGCUGCAGCGCCUAAGGAUUACUUAAUUGGUGGCAAACCUGAUGCAUGGAAGGUUCCUUCUUCUGAAUCCGACUCUCUCAACAAAUGGGCUGAGAGUGUUCGUUUCCACAUUGCAGAUCAUCUUAUUUUUACGUAUGAAGCUGGGAAGGACUCUGUUUUGCAAGUGAGCAAAGAGGAUUAUGAUAGCUGCAACAUCUCAAAGCCAAUCAAGAAGUACAAUGAUGGAAAAACAAAGGUGAGAUUUGAUCGUUCAGGUCCCUAUUACUACAUCAGCGGAGAAAAGGGUCACUGUGAAAAGGGUGAGAAGGUUGCUGUGGUGGUUAUAGGCCAAAGAAGUCCAAGUGUUGUUCCUGUUUCACCUGCGCCUUCACCAGGCGGUGGUGUUGAAGGUCCGGCUGUUGCUCCAAGUCCAACUAGUGGUGCAGAUGUUUUGCAAGGUGGUGGUUUGAUAACGGCUAUGGGAGUGGUGGCUGCUAUGUGGGUUUUCUGA